AUGAAGAGGGCGCAUUCCCUGCUUGACUAUGCCAAGGAAGUUGACGGAAUCAAGACUGUUGAGUUGCUGGACCUGGACAUUCACCUGUUCGACCCGCAGGUGUCUCUGGAGAGCAUUGAUGCAAACACCCUGUACAAUGUGUUGAGUUUAAUCUACCACUUCGAGGACACCAUGGUUGAGGAUGGAGCCCGUGUUCCAAGUAAUCUGGUGGAUAGAAAGCAGAGGUACUUCUGCGAUGCAGCUGCAUGCUUCCGGUGUGGAGAGACGGGGCAUGGAAUCAGAGAAUGUCCCAAAGCACCAGGAAAGGAUGUAUGCGAACUGUGCAGCUGGGAUGGCCAUAGGAGCCUUUGCUGCCCUUACAGGCUUUGUCCAAGAUGUGGGAGAUGUGGGCAUUCUCCAGAUGACUGUCUAGAGCCCGAAAGUCUGGACAGAUCGAAGAUGUGCGAGGCUUGUCCGACAGGGUUCCAUAGUACCGAAGACUGUCCGAGGACAUGGAAAAGAUACAAGCUCAACAGAAACACGUCGAAGCGCACCAUAUACAAGGCGUGCCCAAUAUGUCUAUCCAGGAAACACUUUAUUGGCGACUGCUCUGAGAACAAGCCGCCAUCCUCUAUAUUCACCUCUUCAUAUGUCGAACUUGCAAAGUUUUACAAUAAACAAUGA